CGUGACGGUCCAGUCAACAACAGGGCGCAAGAGAGGGAGACAGCAAGACUAGUGGCAGUGGGAAAUACGGAUAGGUCUCUUUAAGGGAAGGGGCUCUGUCUCAGGCCGAAGUCUUGGUAAACCCAGCCUGGUACUGCAGUAAAGAAGGCAGGAAAAUGGAACUGGAAGACGGUGUAGUGUAUCAGGAUGACCAGGGCUCAGCAGCGAUGAUGUCGGAGCGGGUGUCGGGCCUGGCGAGCUCUAUUUACCGUGAGUUUGAGCGCCUCAUCGGGAAGUAUGACGAGGAUGUAGUGAAGGACCUGAUGCCACUGGUGGUGGCAGUGCUGGAGAAUUUGGACUCCGUGUUCGCUGAGAAUCAGGAGCAUGAAGUGGAGCUUGAGCUGUUGAAGGAGGACAACGAACAGCUUAUUACGCAGUACGAGCGGGAGAAGGCGCUCCGUAAACAUGCUGAGGAGAAAUUUAUUGAAUUUGAAGAUCUGCAAGAGCAAGAAAAAAAGGAUCUGCAGUCCCGGGUAGAAGGUUUGGAGUCACAAACUCGACAACUGGAACAUAAAGCAAAAAACUAUGCAGAUCAGAUUAGCAGACUGGACGAGAGAGAAGCAGAGCUUAAGAAGGAGUUCAGUUCUCUGCAUCAAAGACAUACAGAGAUGAUUCACAAUUACAUGGAACAUUUGGAACGUACCAAACUUCAGCAGAUAAUGGGGACUGACCUGCUAGAAUCUGCUGCACACAACAGAAUUAGGAAAGAACGUCCAGUCUCAUUAGGGAUUUUUCCCCUACCUGGUGGUGAUAGCUUGCUUACUCCUGAUCCACAAAAAGAAGGUACAGAAACGCCCAGUACAGAACACUGGAAAUUUCAUGAAUUAAGUCAUCAACGCUCCAAUACAAGUUUAAAGGAUGAACUGUCAGAUGUCAGUCAAGGGAGCUCUAAACUGGGAACCCCGGGGUCAGCAGCUGUGUCAGACAUUGCUAUAGCUUCUGUUGAUACUAUAAAAGAUAAAGGAGGACAAAAUGGAAAUGCAUUAAAGAAGACAGUAGACUUUAGCAAGAACACUGAAGUCCAAGUUACUCAGGAAACAAGAACAGUAUCUGUAGGGUCUGCUGAAAAUGAUGAAAAAUCAGAGGUACAAGCCAUCAUUGAGUCUACCCCAGAGCUGGAUAUGGACAAAGAUCUCAGUGGGUUCAGAGGAACAAGUACACCAACCAAAGGAAUAGAAAACAAAGCAUUUGAUCGCAACACAGAUUCUUUGUUUGAAGAAUUGUCCUCUACAGGAACAGGGGUGAUUGGUGAUGUGGAUGAAGGUGCUGAUCUCUUGGGUAUGGGUCGUGAAGUAGAAAAUCUUAUCCUGGAAAACACACAGCUGUUGGAGACCAAAAAUGCCCUCAACGUAGUAAAGAAUGAUCUAAUAGCAAAGGUGGAUGAAUUGUCAUGUGAAAGAGAGGUGCUGCAGGGUGAACUGGAAGCUAUAAAACAAGCUAAACAGAAGUUAGAAGAAAAGAACAAGGAACUUGAAGAAGAGUUGAAGAAGAAAGAACGUCCAGUCUCAUUAGGGAUUUUUCCACUACCUGGUGGUGACAGCUUGCUUACUCCUGAUCCACAAAAAGAAGGUACAGAAACGCCCAGUACAGAACACUGGAAAUUUCAUGAAUUAAGUCAUCAACGCUCCAAUACAAGUUUAAAGAGUGAUGUACCAACUGCUCAGAGAAAGAGGUUUACAAGAGUUGAAAUGGCACGUGUAUUGAUGGAACGAAAUCAGUAUAAAGAAAGACUUAUGGAGUUGCAAGAAGCAGUACGGUGGACUGAGAUGAUAAGAGCUUCAAGAGAGAAUCCUGCUUUGCAGGAAAAGAAAAGAUCCAGUAUUUGGCAGUUUUUUAGCCGUUUAUUCAGCUCAUCAACCAAUGUAGCAAAGAAGCCAGAGCCACCAGUUAACGUGAAGUUUAAUGCUCCCACUUCCCAUAUCACACCGACAGUCAAAAAAAGAAGCCGAACCUUAGCUCAGCUUCCUAAUGACAAAUCAAAGGCGUUUGACUUCUUGGCUGACGAAGAAGUAAAUGUCGCUGCUCGUAGAGAACAAAAGAGGGAGCAGUAUCGUCAGGUUAAAGCACAUGUACAAAAAGAAGAUGGCAGGAUACAAGCCUAUGGCUGGAGUUUGCCACAAAAAUAUAAACAGGUAGCAAAUGGUGGCCAUAGUGAAAACAAAAUGAAAAAUCUGCCUGUGCCAGUGUAUCUUCGACCACUGGAUGAAAAGGACACAUCAAUGAAGUUGUGGUGUGCUGCAGGAGUGAACCUCUCUGGUGGAAAAACAAGAGAUGGUGGUUCUGUAGUUGGUGCUAGUGUGUUUUAUAAUGAUGUACCACGUUCUGAAAGUGAAGGUCCCCGACAGCAUGGAUCCCAGAGCAGCCUGGAUAAACUUGAAGAAGAGCUCAAGGAGCAAGAAAACGAGUUGAGACAACAUGAAGAAUUAUCUAGUAUGGUUUGGAUCUGUACCAGUACGCAUUCUUCCACUAAAGUUAUUGUAAUUGAUGCCAACCAGCCGGGCAGUAUCAUGGACAGUUUUGUUGUCUGUAAUUCACAUGUUCUUUGUAUUGCCAGCGUACCAGGUGCUAGAGAAACGGAUUAUCCUGCAGGGGAGGAGGUUCCAAUGGAUUCUGAAUCAGGCCAGGUUGACAACAACUCCUUGACGGGAAGUUUGGCGAGCAAUAGUUCAGCUGGAAGUGAUAGCGUUUUGGGUGGCAUCACAGUGGUGGGGUGUACCACAGAGGGUGCUGUAGUACCUCAUAGUACGCAGUCAUCUGUCACAGCUUCUCCAGUGCAGGAAAAACAACCAGUUUUUGAACCCAUUGUUGGUGGGGAAGACAAUAUUCUAACAGCAGAAGAAGCUACAGAGGCCACAGAAACUAAUGCAGGCUCAGGGGAGGAAUUAGCUGACAUAAGCCAAGCAGGCAUCUAUACAGAGCAUGUCUUUACAGAUCCUCUGGGAGUGCAGAACACAAAAGAUCCUUCACCUGUGCUACAGUCCAGUGAGCCAGAUAUGUUCAAAGAUGGAAUUGCUGCCUUGCCUGAUGAGCAAGACCUAUCAAGGGAAGAGGCCCAGAAGAUGAGCAGCAUUUUGCCAACUAUGUGGCUUGGAGCACAGAAUGGAUGCUUGUAUGUUCACUCUUCAGUGGCACAGUGGAGGAAAUGUCUCCAUAACAUUAAACUUAAGGACUCCAUUCUCAGUAUUGCACAUGUGAAAGGAAGAGUAUUGGUUGCACUAGCUGAUGGAACAUUAGCUAUCUUUCACAGAGGAACUGAUGGCCAGUGGGACUUAACAAAUUAUCACCUUCUGGACCUGGGCCGGCCCCACCACUCCAUUCGAUGUAUGACUGUGGUGCAUGAUAAAGUCUGGUGUGGGUAUAGAAAUAAAAUCUAUGUUGUCCAGCCAAAGGCUAUGAAGAUUGAGAAGUCAUUUGAUGCUCACCCGAGAAAGGAAAGCCAGGUACGACAGCUUGCUUGGGUAGGGGAUGGUGUUUGGGUCUCCAUUCGUCUGGACUCAACUCUGCGUCUGUAUCAUGCACACACCUACCAGCACUUACAGGAUGUGGACAUUGAACCUUAUGUUAGCAAAAUGUUGGGUACUGGCAAGCUAGGCUUCUCUUUUGUAAGGAUCACAGCUCUCAUGGUUUCAUGCAACCGUCUGUGGGUAGGAACAGGAAAUGGAGUCAUCAUCUCUAUUCCAUUAACAGAAACAAAUAAAAUAUCAGGAGGAACUGCAAACCGUCCAGGGAGUGUAAUUCGAGUAUAUGGUGAUGAGAACAGUGACAAAGUAACUCCUGGGACUUUCAUUCCAUACUGUUCGAUGGCACAUGCGCAACUCUGUUUCCAUGGUCACCGAGAUGCUGUCAAAUUUUUUGUGGCAGUGCCAGGUCAGGUCAUUAACCCACCAGUUAGCAGUGGCUCUGACUCAGCUUUAGAUAAAGCUGGAUCUCCUGCACAAGACACUCCCAGCCAGCAGCCCCUAAGUUCAAUGCUUGUGAUGAGUGGAGGAGAAGGAUAUAUCGAUUUCAGAAUGGGUGAUGAAGCAGAAGAGUCUGAAGAGCUCCUUGGGGAUUCACUACCGCUCGAACCUUCCUUGGCAAAAGCCGAAAGGAGCCACUUAAUAGUGUGGCAGGUCAUGUACAGCAGCGAGUGAUAACACCAUGUUGUGCAGAAAGUCACAGGAAGACCGGCUAAUGUUUUGCAUGGUGUUUACUUUUUUUUUUUUUUUAAUUAUUUUCCAGUUUCAUUCCCUGGUGUUUUUAACUGCUUCACUCAAGUUUUCCAGCGGUUUUUCACUAUGUCAAGUGACGUGAUAGCAGUUCUGUCUUGAUUGAACAGGAACUUGAGCUUUUGCUGCUCUGCUGUGCCUGUGAUAAGCAGGUCUUGUCAGUUUUGUACCAUGUUGUAAAAAAAAAAAAUUCUCAUUUACUUUAGGGUAACCUGAGAAAUUUAUAUUUAACAUUGUAGAGGUUAUGUAAAUAUAAAUAAAUCUUUCAGUACAUUUACUUGAGUGCCUAUGAGACCAAAGCCCCAUUCAUGCAGAAUGCCAUUCAGGAGUUUGUUCACAUAUAUGCACUCUCUUGUAUCAGAGCAUCAUCAUCCACCACAUAAUUGCCUUAAAUGGCAGGUAGACUUAAUGUGGGUGAAACUGAGCUGCUUCAGUCAGAUUUAGCUUCAUUGACUAAACAGGGCUAAAGAAUACAGCAGAUAUGCAUUUGUGAAGGGGGUUAUUUUUAUUUGCAAUCCAAGAAUGAAAAAUAUGUAUUACAGCAGGGUCUGCUAACCUGAAUCACAAGGUAAAUUUGUAUGGUAGGACUGAGUUUUUUAAAUGUAUUAUACAUUGUAUGUAAGAAUGCAGAGUCACUGUAGAGUUUUUAAUUAAGCAUUAAGUGAACAUGGGCUUUUUCCAUGUAUCUGUAGCAAUGUUCAGGCAGCAGCUCUAAGCCUUCCUGAACAUGCAUAGAAAAGCUAGCAGCACCCUUGGAAAUUGUUUUUAUGUAAAAUGUUGCAGUCAUGGGGUUCAUAAUAGUAAAUGAGAAAGGAGACUGGUAUUGGUUCUGUUGGUAGCCUGAAAACAUUUCAUGUACAAAACAUGCAGUGCAUAAUUUUCACUAGGAAUAUAUGCAGUUUGCAUGGUGAGGGUUAAGAUAAUUUUACCUGAGCUGCUGUAUUCUUUUUGUUUGUAAAGGUCUUCCUACUUUUUUGAAAGAUAUAGCUUGCAGAGCAUAGACACUUUAAAUAACAUAGGCUGCCUUAGUAACAAACACAUUCUUUGUCACAUUUUAAUAUCUUAGCUGUUCAUAGGAAUUAAGUUUUUUUAUUUGCAUUGUGUAAUUGAAUAUUUAUUUCUUUGCGAUUAAUAAUUGAAGCUACCAAAGGAAUAAACCUUCACUUAGCAAAUCUUCUUAACUGACCCUUUUAAAAAUGCAGUCUUGCAUGGACCUAUGAUGUUCUAGAAGACUGUGCAAAGACACCAUACUUUUUUUAAUGAAAGUUGCUAUAGCAUUUCAAAAUGUUUGCUGACAGGGAUUAUACAUUGAGUGAUGGCCAUUGAUGCACCUCAAAACCAUUUUCUACACACUAAGCUUUCCUCCUUUAACAAAUGAAGGUUGUUUUAUUAAUUUGUUGAUAAAAAUGCAUUAUUGACUAAUCUUGUUUUAAAUAUUUUAUGGUCUGUAAUUUUUGUAAGUUUGUCUGUUGGACACUUUAUGCUGAAUUUUACUUGCCUCUUUAAUGUGAGACAAGAUGCUAGAUGUAAGGCUUCUGUCUUAAAAAAAUGAGGCUUUAUUUUUGUGAAAUGAAAAACUCAUGUUGCAGUGUAGCCAUUUCAGUAUUUAUUUCUAUAAUGAGCCUGUGAGGUUCAGAAUGUAACUUUGUACAUGAAAAUCUAUAUAAAUAUGUAUAUGACACACAAACUAA